AUGGCCGAACAUUUGAUUCGAGUUCAAUGGGGCUCUCGCGCAGUGGGGUUCCGCCGCGACGACGUCGAGGAGUCGUACGCGCUAUCUGGCAACAUCAACGGCGUCCGGAUGGAAUUAUCCGACGACAUCAUGAGUCUCUUGCCUCUCGGGGAGGUUGUCCUACUUGAGAAGCUCGAGCGCGAAUCCGAUGGACCUCCUAGUCCAAUUCCAGAUCUGGAUGAACGUGCAUCGUCCGAACAGAGUUGUGUAAGCAAGCUUUUCGUGCAUGGGUUAAAAGGGAAAACUUUCACAAUCCGCAACGUUUCAACUCUUGCCGACGUGGAGAGGCGCCUUAUGAAAGAAGGCAUUUCAUGCGAUGGCAUGAGGCUGACAUAUUGCGGCCAACGGCUCGAAGACAGACAUCCACUGUCGUUCUAUGGCAUGCGAAAAGACUCCACCCUUGAUUUGACCCUCCCUCAAAAGGGCGCACAGCCUGUCAUUUACCUCUUACCCCCAUAUCUAAACCCCAUACCAGUCGUCGACGUCUCCGUUCUCCUCGUCCCCCAAUGGCGCUUUUCCCAAAGUUAUCCCCUCGCCGACACCAAGCUGAUCGCCGACUCCGGGAAAGAACGCGUCGCCUGGUCCGUCUCCGCCCGCCACGACGGCACCCUCGUCGAGCUCUCCUCCGGCCUCGAGCUCCCCUACCUCUUCUGGGAGGCCGAGCCGCGCCACGGCGUCCCCUCCUCCCCGCCCCCUCACCCGCGGCGCGCCUUCGUCGGGCACUUCGACCCCGCCGCGCCCACGCUCGACCGGACCAACGCGGUCUGCCUCCCCUUCGCCGGGCUCCUCCCCGUCUUCGUCACCCACCUGCUCCCGCGGCUCUCGAAGGCGCCGUUCGUCGCGCUGCGCUUCCUCCCGCGGGCGGCGUACGACCGCGCGGCGGAGCUGCGCGUCUCGGAGCCCGCGCCGGACGUCGUCACGCGCGUGUUCAUGCUCUUCCGCGGCGUCCCGGAGGCGGAGGUGGACGCGCGCAGGGGCGCGAUGGACGGGGGCAUAGACUGGGCGGAGGUGGUCGAUGUGCCGCAUGAGGCGACUGACGGGGGCGCGUUCAGGGUGCUAGAGUGGGGUGCGAUGAAGGUCCUGUGA